AUGUGGAAAGGGUCUAACGGAGGCCGAGGCGGCGGCGGCGACAGAGGAGGAAGAGGUGGUGGUGGACGAGGCGGAGGAGGAAGAGGCGGAGGUGGAAGAGGAGGAGGUGGAAGAGGUGGCGGAGGAAGAGGAGGAGGAGGAAAUAAAGAUAAAGGAUUUAAAAAAGGAAAAGUAAUUGUAGUUCCACACAGAUUUCCAGGAGUUUAUUUAUUAAAAGGUAAAUCAGAUAUUUUAGUUACAAGAAAUUUAGUACCUGGUGAAAGUGUAUAUGGAGAAAAAAGAUAUGAAGUAAUGACUGAUGAUGAAAAAAUAGAAUAUAGAGUAUGGAAUCCUUUUAGAUCUAAAUUAGGAGCAUGUUUAAUGGGAGGAGUAGGUAAUAUGCCAAUAAAACCUGGAAGUAAAGUUUUAUAUCUUGGAGCAGCCAAUGGUACUUCAGUUUCCCAUGUAUCUGAUAUGGUUGGUGAUGAAGGUAUUGUUUAUGCAGUAGAGUUUUCUCAUAGAUCUGGUAGAGAUUUAACAAAUAUGGCAAAAAAAAGAUUGAAUGUUGUACCUAUAGUUGAAGAUGCUAGACAACCAAUUAAAUACAGAAUGUUAGUAGAUAUGGUUGAUGUUGUUUUUGCUGAUGUUGCUCAACCAGAUCAAGCACGUAUUGUUGCUAUGAAUGCUCAUAUGUUUUUAAAAACUGGUGGAUGGUUUGUUAUUUCAAUUAAAGCAAACUGUGUAGAUUCAACUGCCAAACCAGAAGUCGUAUUUGCAUCAGAAAUGGAAAAACUUAAAAAAGAAAGUUGUAAACCUAAAGAAAAACUAACCCUAGAACCUUAUCAUAGAAAUCAUGCUAUUGUAUUGGGUAUGUAUCGAUAA